UUCAGUUUGGUUUUGAAGAACUAAAAAAUUUUCGAAGAAAGGCGAAAUUCGAUGGUUUCCCUAACAUAGAAAUUUGGGGAAUCCUAAAAAUAGUUAACGGUCAUUUUUUAAAUUUGGCACUUGUACUUGUGAAAAUAAACAGAAAAUCACACCUAUAUAUUGACAGGCAUUUUUUUCGCAAAUAUUUAACAAAAAGUUCUUGCUAGAACAAUUUAUAAAUUACACUCAUUCAUUUAAUUUUGCUUCAUUUAUUUUUUGUGUAAAAUAAUAAAUUUUAAUAAAAAUUAAAAAAAUAUUUUUAAAAUUUCAUUAAAAUACUGAAAAAUAUUUUUCAAAAAUUGUUUUUGUGACUAAAAAUGGAUUUAUAAUAUUUAAAAAAUUUUUUAGAAUCCUUUGCUAUAUUUUUAAAAAAAAUAUUCAUGAAAAUGAAUGAUACAUCAUCAACUUCUUCUGAUGAUAGCGAUAUUUUUUCUCAUCUAAAUCCUACAGAAGCUGAACAAAUUUUGUUUUUGAAGUCAAAUGUGCUUGAGGAAAAAUUGAAAAUUGCAAAUCUUGAAAUUGUUAAAUUACAAGAAAAUGAGGGGAAAUUUAAAGAAGAAAUUGACAAGCUUAAAAAUGAAAAUAAAUAUAUUUCUGAAUUAUAUGGCAGUCAAAAAGAAGAAUUAAAUAAUAUUAACAAUAAGUUUGACAAAUUGGCUUUGGAUAUGGAAGAAUUUACUUUUAAGCAUGUUUCAUUUAUAUUUCAACAAAAUAAAUGGAAAAAUGUUGAUACAGAUUGGAAUCCUUGUUGCACAAAUAAAUGUAUUAACACAAAACGACGUACGGGGAAAUGUGCUAAUAAGAAUGGUUUUAUUGAAUUAAUAAAUGAUUUGGAUAUUAAAUACAAUAAUUGUGUUAAAGGAGAGGGUGUUAAUAAGAAAGCUUUUGUAUAUUCACCAAAUAAAUUCCACAAACCACCAAAUUGUUAUACUUUCUCAUUAUUUUAUUUCGAAGUAAAAUGUCUGAUGGAAAAUAAUUUUGAUGAAAUUGAGAUGCAAAUAGGUGUUAAUACAAAUAAUAUAUUUAUUAGAUUACAAGCAAAUGAGUCUAAAAUUUAUUAUGGAUUUCAAUCGAAAGAAGGAAAAGAAUUUAAAAUUGACUCGUUUUCCUUUGAAAAUAACGAUAUUCUUGGAUGUGGGUUAGUCUAUCCGUCGAUUGUUUUGAAUGAAAAAUUGCCUUAUUUAUUUUUUACUCAAAAUGGGAAACAAAUUGGGAAGGCUGUUUUGCUUGAAAAUGAAGUUUAUGAACCUUUUAUUUCUUUAAAGUGUUGCUCUGUUGAAACUAAUUUUGGGAAUGAUUUGAAGGAUAAACCUUUUAGCUAUGACAUUUCUAAGCAUUUUUUGCUUGAAGAAUUUUAUUAA